AUGGAAUCACUCCAAACAAGUUGUAUACCAGUGCUGGCGAAUCUUAUUGAAGAUUCAAAAUUCAAAAGUUAUGCAAAACUGAUUGAUGGCUUGCCAAGUAAUGAAAAGUAUAAAUAUCAAAUCACCCCGGAGCCGAGCAACAGAAUCUUUGAGAUUCUUACCAAGGGAGCUCUUCGAUUCUCAUCUGAGACAGCGAAUGAUAUUUCGAAAGUUCUCAACGUGACGAAAGUGACACUGACAUCUCCAAUUGUUAAUGAUGCAUCCAUUGAUCUUUUGCGAUCGUUCAAUUUGGAAGAGCUGAGAUUAUUGAAUCUGAAGGAUGAGAAUUCAGAAAAACUGUUCAGUGGCCAUUACUUCCGGGGCUACAAAAAAAAAUUCUUUGACAUCAUAGCUGCUCUCGACUCGAUAUUGAAUUCAAAAAGCUGCAAAAGUUUACGCGUUCUAAAAAUCAAUGGAGAUCAAACCGAAUUCAACAGGGAUUGGAUUGACCAGAUAGCAAAUGUGCUCGGCCCAGUUCUCCAACAACUCGACAUCAACUCUUGUCAUUUACCUCCGAAUCCAUUCAAAACAGUCUUCAAUCGUUUUCCAAACCUCACAGAACUUGAUGUGUCUUACUCAAACUUUUCAUCGAUUCAGGGAAUAUCUCAAUUGAAAAAUCUGGAGAAACUGUCGCUUGCUGGCAUACCACUAGGCAACCAAGAUAUGGGGGAACUCUUCAAACUGAGAAAACUGCAAUUCUUGAAUCUGUCAGACUUCGUUAGGGAUCCGACUGUAUGUUUUGUCAAGUAUUCUUUGCAAGAAGAAAGAAAUAAACCUCAUCCCGAAUUGGAAUUUUUGGACAUUUCGGGCAUGGGGCUACACGGUUUGGAGAUGGGUCAAAUAGCGAGAUUGGUUGAAAUUUAUCCGAAGUUGAAAACAAUUGGAUUGCUUGAUUACCACUUCUUCGCCAACGACAAUAUUGCGAUCCCAGGUGUCAAACUGCUUCAUAAUUAUUCUCUCAAGCAAUGUUCGAACUCUAUCGACUAUUACCUGAAUAACUGGGGAUUCCAGCGUGAAACUAUCACCAGGAUAAUAGAUUGUAUCGAUCUGGAAACCAGAUGGCAAAAAGAUUAUCCUACUCCUACAGAGUUGAUGAUUCUAUGUCUAGGAAAAGUAAUUGAAGUCAUUGAUCAUGGAGCGACAUUCAAAGACAUUGAAGAACCACUUAAUCUUUUGCUAACUUUAAUUUAUGGCAGAGAGUCUCAUUUUCGAGGAAUCACCCCUUCUCAACGCCUGUCUCUAGCCAGAUACCUAUUGGCACAGCAACCACUUGAUAAAUGGACUUGGGAUUAUUCCAGCCUGUUCCAGCGUUGCUUCACUAGCGAAGCCUUUCUUGCUACACCUCAUAUCAAUUACAGUAUGGUCUGUAACAAAACGAUUGAUUACGUUCUUCGAGAGGUCUCAAAGGGAGACUACGGUAGACGAGAGUCCCUUCAAGUGAGAGACUACAAUAGACAACAUGCGCUUCAAAUGGGAGCAUCGAUAUUAAGCAAGUGUAUGUGCAAGAUGUCUAGAAGUGAUGAGACUUUUCGAAAGAAGAGAUUCGAUGGCCUACUUAACUACCUGAUGACUGGUUCUGACCAACGGUCCCGUCAAGACGUUGUAACCUUCCUCGUUCAUGUCUUCUCUUUCUCCACUAAUCGAAACAUGACUGAAGAUGAAAAAGAGCAACUGACGACUGAAAUCAUGUCUUGCAUUCACGGAUACAGACAAGAUAGUUCCAUGCAAAUCCGGAAUUUCCAUCGUUUCAUACAAACAAAUUGCACGUCAUCUGAAGUAAAGAAUUGGAUUGAUCGGGUGAUGAUGAGGAUGUGGUGA